UUUUCUAGUUGGAAUCUGGGCCACUUGUACACAGUGAAGGUGGUGGAGUGUGUAGGUGUGUGUCGUGUGUUGCACAGCGGCAAGUGUGGAGCAUAGUGGCAGGUGUGGAGGACAGUGGCAGGUGUGGAGCACAGUGUCCAGCAGGCUGAGGGCCACUGGGGUUAAAUGUAUUGUUGGGGAUCAACGGUGAACGGGGAGCUGGGUGUGGGGGCUCCGGAAAUGGAGCAACUCACCCUUCCCUGCUUCAUGGAUUUCUCUGAAUCAUGGAAUGUCAAACAAGUUGCGUCGGGUCUGAUGCAUUCCCUGAUCUUGACUGAAGAAGGCCUUGUAUAUUCCUGUGGUAACAAUGAGUUUGGUCAACUGGGACACAACAAGAUCACCAGAAAACCAGAACAAAUUGAUGAUCUACAAAACUACACUAUAGUGCAGGUUGCAGUUGGUGAUCAGCACUCGAUAGCACUUACUUCUUGGGGGCUGGUAUAUGCAUGGGGAGAAAAUGGAUUUGGACAGCUGGGUAUUAAUUCCACAGAAUCCCAUACUUCAACACCGAAGUUGGUGAAGAGCUUAGCACGUAAGCAAGCACUUCAGAUUGCCUGUGGAUCCAAUCAUACCCUUGCUCUAACAUCAGAUGGAGAACUCUAUUCCUGGGGCCAGAAUAAUCUAGGUCAGCUUGGUCUGUCUCAUAAAGAAGGACCACAGAAAGAGCCGGCUCUUAUCAGAUCGCUUGUUGGAAGCCCUUUAGUCCAUAUCACUGCAGGAGGACAUAACUCUGCUGCUCUUACUCACGCUGGCUUCCUGCUUACAUGGGGCUCAAAUAAGUAUGGUCAGUUGGGAUUUACGCCUAAGGCUGAUCCUAAUUUGAGUGACAUUCCAACACUGGUUCCCAAUCUGGAGUCGUAUUCUGAGCCACUGCUUUAUGUUGCACUUGGUGAAGGUCAUACUGCUGUUCUCGACUCACGUGGAAAGGUUUGGACAUUUGGAUACGGUCGAUACGGUCAACUUGGUCAUGGUACAUAUGAUAAUGAGAGCGUUCCUCGGACUGUGCUUGAUCUCUGUGGAUCAAGAGUCAGCCAAGUUGCAUGUGGAAGGUGCCAUACAAUUGUAUACAUUCCAUCUCAGGAGAGGGUUGCUGGCUCAACUGGAAAAAGAACAGUUGGUGCAGAAUUAUAUGACUGCCAGCUUGCGUUGGCAGAGAUGCUCAGCUCUGUGGGGCAGUCGACGUUCUCUGUUACCUGCUGCCAGAAUGGUCAGCUGUAUGCAUUUGGCCAAGGCUUGUCGGGUCAACUGGGAAUCAAAACACCACACAACCGCAAUUUGCCCCAGGUAGUAGUUGGGCAUUGGCUUUCACCACGUGGAGUCAGUCUUUUGGAUAACGAUGAAGACGAUAUGCCAAAAAUAUACGUUAAGAAGAUAUUUGCUGGUGGGGAUGCAAGCAUGGCUGUUGUAAUAAAAGAACCAGAAAUUGCUGAUGAUUACUGCAAAAAGCAUCCACAUCAACUUCCUCUGAAAAUAGAAGAGUCAAAGAUAAACCAGAUGAUGGGAAUUGGGGAAGAGGACAUGAUUGAUGAUGAUUUGUUUACGUAUAUGGAAACUGUAUUUGGAGCUUUGGCAUGCUGGAACUGUUCCUUUAUAAAGGAGGGGGCUGACAAGCACAGUCAUGGACUGGAUUAUAGACUGGCUGAAGAGUACAUGGCAAAGCUUGGACGAAUUCCUCGAGUGUCCAUACAAGAAGUAAUCCAAAACAGUGUGCAUAAUAUUGUAGGGUGUCUCCCUCGACAACCAAUAAGUAGAGAAAGUCUCCGCUGCUUUGUUCUUCUUCCACUUUUUAAGGAUUUCUUAGAUGGACGACUCAUGGCAAAGUUACAAAUGCCAUAUGCUGAGGCCCUUCUAAACAUACAGAAAGGCAUGGCUGCAAUCUUCAAGGUGUGGAUGAAAGUUUUACCAAGAGAUUUCACAAUCAGGCUCAUCACUAUCUACAAGGGGGUUAUCGUUCAGAUACUCAGUGGUGCCAAACAGUCAUCUGAGAUUGAUAGGCGAUCACUAAUUUCAGCUUUAAAGAUGUUAGCUUUCCUGCAUGGAGAGAAUUUCAUGGAAGGAGCGAAAGCAGCCAGAAUAUCAUAUGAAGAGUUCUACAUUCCUGAAAUUGGUGAAAAGAUUGACAUCCGAACUGAUUACCUCAACUGGAUCAGCAGCAAAAUCAGACCUGUUGCCAGAGCAGAUAGUCCUAUCUCAUUUUGCGAGUAUCCUUUCCUGUUUGAUGCUCAGGCUAAGACACUGUUGCUUCGUGCUGAUGCCACAAGACAGAUGCAAGGGGCCAUUCAAGAAGCAGUGAUCAACAGCAACCCAAUGUUGUGGUUAUUUAAUCCUGCCCAAGUACAGUUUCUGAAUAUAAACAUUCAUCGCCACAAAAUUGUCGAAGAUACGAUCAACCAGUUACUUCACCAUGGAAUCGUCGAUUACAAGCGACCCCUUAAGGUACAUUUCAUUGGUGAAGAAGCCGAAGAUGCUGGAGGGGUUCGCAAAGAGUUUUUCCUUCUUCUUUUGCGCGAGAUACUUAAUCCAGACUAUGGCAUGUUCACGGAGUACCCAGAAACGCGUAGCAUUUGGUUCAAGGAAGGCUCUCUAGAAGUACCUGCUACAUAUGCUCUAAUUGGGAUUGUGUGUGGCCUUGCCAUCUACAACUUCACCAUCAUCAAUCUUCCUUUUCCUUUGGCUCUCUACAAGAAGUUGCUUGGUCAGUCAGUUGGCCUCGAUGAUCUUUUAGACGUAGAUCCUCACCUUACAAGGACCUUACGUGAGCUGCUGGAGUAUGAAGGAACUGACGUAGAGGAUGUUUACUGUCUGAACUUCACUGUUACCCAGGACUUCUUUGGUGAAACUAAGAGCAUUCCUCUGAAACCAGAUGGUGAGAAUAUUCCAGUUACUUCACAGAACAAGCAGGAAUAUGUUGAUCUUCUUGUGGACUACAAACUAAACAAGGGUAUAGAAGCCCAAUACAAAGCAUUUCACGAAGGGUUCUAUCGUGUGUGUGGAUGCAUAGUACUCAAGCUCUUCCAGCCAAUGGAGUUAAUGGCCCUUGUUAUUGGUAAUGAAAAUUACAAUUGGGCUGAGUUGGAGAAAAACACAGAAUAUAAGGGUGAAUAUUUCUCAGACCAUGAAGUUAUCAAAAUAUUCUGGGAAGUGUUCUAUGACCUGACAUUAGAUCAGAAGAAGCAGUUCCUCAUUUUUUUAACUGGCACUGAUCGUGUACCAAUUUUGGGCAUGAAGGCUUUGAAGAUGAUUAUACAGUCUACAGCAGACGAUUCCUUCCUGCCAGUUGCUCACACAUGCAUUGGUCAACUGGACCUCCCCAAGUAUAGUACUAAAGAAAAGCUAAGAUAUAAGCUGCUACAAGCCAUCCAGCAGAGUGAAGGUUUUGGCCUUGUAUAAGGCCCCCUCAACACGCUUCUAUGUAUGGAAGCCAGGAGGAUGUGUACUUCAUCCUUUGGACUGUACCAAAAGCAGAAUUCAAAAUAUGCAACCAAGGCUUUUGUAAAUACUGUAAUUUAUUUCGGUUUCUUUAGUACUUGGCCUUUGGUAUCCAAUAGCUCAUUACAGAGCAUAUUAUAUUAAAUAUUUUGAAUUUCACAGUGAAGAGAAUAUUGAUUAGUAUCGAUUUGAUAAUGGUCCAGGACGGACCGAAACGUUGUGGUCUCCUCAUCUUCUUUUGUGUGGUUUAGGCAGGCCCUCGGUAGCAUUGACUCUGGAUACCACAGAGACAUCCACAAAACUACCAGGCCUCCAGCCUUGUGCAGGCCCUACUGAACACCAGAAUCUAAUGUGCACACAGAAGUGAGGGAAACAUGGAACUCUAAGGUCAAUCCAUAAUUAAGUAAAACUGCUCAGGUAAUUUUAGGUAAUAAUAGGUACUUUCUGACCACUUCGCUGUGGCAGAUUCUCGCACAUGCUUUUGGGGAAGAUGUUACUUCUCUCCUUCUUUGAGAUGUCUGAAGCCUUUUUAUCACCUUUGGCCAAUUCUCUCUUCUCUGGAGCUUAAUUGAUGCUUGGAGUUGUUUCCUGUUGGAUGUACCUACUCUUCAUUGGGCUUGUGUGACUCUUGGCUGCCUUUCUAGUUACUUAGUUUCCUCCUUUCCUAAGCAGUGUUUCUGGCCUUUCAUCUCAUGAUUAAGCCUCAUUUUGUUCUUUUGUUAAUCUGCUUCUUUCAGUCCAAAUAUGGUUUUCUUUCCAAGGCAUUGUUGGAAAUACGGGGCUACUGAAGGCCAGCCUGAAAACAAACAUUGAUCAAUGAAUUGCCCUUUUCUGGGCAGCCUUAGUAACUCCUUGUACCCACUUUUUGCCCUUAUUUUCCAUGGGGAUCUGGGACCAGAUUCACGAAGCAGUUACUCAAGUACUUAAGAAAGUGUACAUCUUUUUUUUAAUGUUUGAUGGCUUUGGUUACAUUUAUUAAACAGUUUACAUGGAUGAAAACUACCCAAUCAACCAUUUUUAUUGUUAUAAACAGCUUCCUGGUGCUUUAGAGCUCAUAAACUGUUUAAUAAUUAUAAACAAAGCUGCCAAAGAUUGAGAAAAGAUGUACAGGUUCAUAAGUGCUUGCGUAACUGCUUCGUGAAUCUGGCCCCUGGUGUGCCUUAGGGCAGCAUGCGAGUCAGGAGGCAGGCAGACUGGAAUACUGGGUGACCUGAGCUGCAACUUGCGGUGCACUUGGAUAUUAGCACAUGGUUUGUUGUCAUAGGGUAAUUACUGCUUCUCUUGUUUCCAUCUUCUAUCUUUAAUCAAGAUACAGUAUGCAGUUUGAUCUUCUGGGCAUUUUUAUUCAGUUUUGAGUUAUCAGAUCUGUUUCCCUUGACUCUGAGGAGACCAGUUUCUAGGCCUGUGUUAAGUCCAGAAGCCUGUUAGUUUUGUGGAUGUCUCUGUGGUGUCAGAGAUAACACACCGGGAAGCCACUGAUGCUGCCCAGAAAGGAAUAAAUCAUUACAUUCAAUGCAAGAGUUGUUUUCAUUAAUAUUGUUUUCAUGUGUAAUUAUUUCCUGCAUUGAAAAGGAUGGAGGUGAUGUUUGCAGAACCAUCACAAGAUUUGUAAUAGCUGUGUACUUAGAAUACUUAAUAUCCCAGCUGCAGUGUUCUCAGUUUUUGUUCCUUUUCUUCAUGCAAGUGUGACUUAAAAGUAGCUAUAGCAUUUAUUGCAUUAAGAAAGUGUAAAUGUAACGGCAGCUCACUUGAGCAAAACUUUUCUGAGAAGUGUAAGAGAAUAUUAGUUUAUAUUGAGACAAUUAAGAGAUAAAAAUGAAAGAGAAGCUUCAAGGUAAUGUGUAAUGGUACAGUUGGUACAGACCAACAGGGCUGUAGUGGAUAUGUGGGCCUGCAGACCACUCCAAGCAACAGCCUGUUGGCCCAAGCUCACAAGUCAAGCCUGGCAUCGGGCUGGGCUUGGGGAGCAGUAGAACUCCCAGAACCACAUCAAGAUAUACAAGACAGAAUAGAAUUACUUCCCGAGUUGAUGUGUGAAAUAUAAAAAUUUACCCAAACUUAUCCAAUACAGUAGUUAAAGAAAAGACAACUGAAAAAUGAUUGUUUAUCUCCUGCUACAUAUUUCUCUGGUGACACAGCUUACUUGAUGGACUUACUAGCAUUUGUAGAGGUAGAAAGUAUUAGGAGAGAGCACCAAGUCAUUAUGACUGUACAGUAUAGCACUUGGAAUGGAUGAGGAUAAGUAUUUGGGAUGGGACGGGGGGGAAGGAAUAGUGCCCAACCACUUGGACGGUCUGGGAUUGAACGCUGACCUGCAUGAAGCGAGACCCUCACUCUUACCGUCCAGUCCAAGUGGUUGAGCUUGGAAAUAUAAUAAUGUUUAAGUAUUUAAGUGAAUUCAAGUGAGAUUUAGAGAAGCAACACAAAACAAAACAAAAAUUGUACUUUUAGUUUAAUUGGAUAAACUUUAGUGUGCCUUCAUAUUAACAAUAGUGCUUAGUCAUAUAUAUAUAUAGUACAUAUAGUUGAUAUACUUGUAAUGUGUGGGUUAAACCAUAUUUUACAUAGUGACACUCUCUCCAGGGGUAGCUUAGAUUAAAAGCAAAAUGAAUUUGUUAUUACUGAUUACUAAUAAGCAUAAAAUUCCUAUUUGGAGUAUCUAAUUUGCAAUUUAAUAUUGUGUUUAAAUUAUCUAGAAUGCAGAUUACCCAACAAAAUAGAAGUAUAGAUACUCGUCAUAUAAAUUCUAAAGGUCUUGGGAUUGAUUACUUAUAUAUUUUUGCAUUUAAUUAAAUUUUGUUUUUUUCUUGUACAGAAUUUUGUAACAUUAGAAUAAAUUCAUGAUACAUACUGUUUCAUGUUCCUGAAUGUAUUAUGGUAUUGAUGAUUUACUAUUAAAAUGAUAACGAACUGGUUGUCUAAUAUUUUCUGAAAUCUUUAGUUAUUAUUCCUAAUUGGUGUACCUUAUUGUAACCCAGAAAUACUGCAAAGCAAUUAUGUGUUUGUUUAUAUUAUAACAUUGUUUUCAAAUGCUUAUAUUUUCUGUUGUUAAGAUAUAAUUUUCUUGCAGAUAGAAAAAAAGAGAGUGCAAGUUAAACAAAUAUUUAAUGAACAAAAAAUAAAGUAUUAUAAAUUGAUGAUAUUUUGAAGAUUUCAUGCAGCUGAGUAUACGAUGUCACAACUAAUUAAUGAUGUAACUGUUAGCGCUAGUCUUCAGAAAUACAAUAGUGUAAAGAAUAUUCUAAUGUCCCUAUUGUAAACAACAGUAACUCUUGUAUAAGCAUGGGACUUCACUAACCACUAAUGUGCAUAGAUGUGUUAUUUUUGUGUGAAAAGAUUUCCCUUAUUUCUACAUUAGUAUACACAGAGUAAAGUAAAUGUCAAAAUUCCAUUUGGUUCAGCCAAGUCCAGAGACAAGGAUAAUUAAUGAUAAGCUUGUGUUUCUCUAACCUUUUUUUCCAACACACAUUUCUCUGUGUGGACAUUACCUAUUCAUCCAUGUUUGUUGUUCUUUUACAUUUAGGCUAUUCUGUUUUACAUUAUUUAAUUAUUUUAUCUGAUUCAAGACUGGCAUGCUUUUUGAUCACUUGAAAUGUGUGUGAUCAGUGACAUCUUAAUCUUGUAAUAAAAAAAAUAAAUUCUGCUCUGUCUGACAAGUUAACCACUGUGAUGCGCCGCAUUUAUUGUGACAUUUUGGCUGUGCACCGAAAAUAAAGUGUUCCAAAAAUGGUA